AACGGAUCAAACCAGAUAGAACUUGAAGAUUUUCUUGUUCUUUAUCAAAAUGCAAUGUUUAUCUCUGCAAUCGCUUCCAUGGAAACCAAGUCCAAUGAUUUUCUCGGAAAUUCAUCUUUCGAAUCCUAAACAAGUGAUUGCCUCGAAUUCUCCGUAUAGUAGAACUCGAAACUGGAAAAUUAGAAGUUCGUCGGAAGAGAAUGUAGCAAAUUCGAGUGACGGCGGAGAUUUGAAGAAGUCAUUGUCCGGUAUUGUGGGAAACCAAGUUGAGGAGCUAUUGAGCAGCAAAGAGAACAAGAAUUUGCUUGAUGGUCUGGAAAAAGCUUCGAUGAGAGUGGAGAUAGCGAAGAGAGAGCUCCAAGAGAUAGAGAGACAAGAAAUUGAGGCGAAAUUGCUACAGGAUUAUGUUAAUCAGCUCGAAUCAAGAGCCGCAGAGAUCGCAGAAUGCCAGCAGGAGAUUGUCGCAGCAAGAUCAAUGGUUGAGGAAGCAGAACGCGCUUUGUCCUUAGCAGAUACCACAUCAAUUGGAAGUUCAGAAAUGGGUUAUUCGAUCGACAAAGACAAGGAGAGGUUAGAAUCUGCAAAAGCGGCAGUGAUCGCAGCUGCGGUUGGGACCAUUGCGGAACUCCCAUUUGCUCUUUCUCAAGUCUCGAGCAUCGAGCAGCUUGUUCUUCCCCUAGGAAUAGCGUUUGCAAGCUGUGCAUUGUUUGGAGUCACAUUCAGGUAUGCAGUCAGAAGAGACUUGGAUGAUAGUCAUCUCAAAUCCGGAGCAGUUGCAGCUUUUGGGUUUGUUAAAGGACUUGGUAUGUUGAGCAGAGGACCGCCAUUGGAGCUGAGCUGGGAAAGCUUGUUUUCACAUGGCAUAGACGGCGCCGUUUUGGUGUCUCAGAGCGUCUUGAUAUUUGCGUUUGCGUCCAUAGGUUUGGACUUCUGUUUCAAGACGAAACUCCUAAGACCAUUUCCUAGUUCCGACUAGGCGGUUUUAAAGCGACGGAAGAAGAUGGUGGGAGGAGGAAGUAGUAGUGGUGGUGGUGGUGUUUUCCGUGGUGUUGGUAGUGGUAAGCAGCAGAGAGGUUUCUCUUUGAAUCCAAAAGACUAUAAGCUUUUGGAAGAGAUAGGCCAUGGAGCUAGCGCUGUUGUCUAUCGAGCGAUCUAUCUCCCAACUAAUGAAGUCGUCGCCAUCAAAUGUUUGGAUCUCGAUCGCUGCAAUAGCAAUCUGGAUGAUAUUAGGAGGGAAACUCAGACUAUGAGUUUGAUAGAUCAUCCCAACGUUAUAAAGUCGUUUUGUUCAUUUUCUGUCGACCAUAGCCUUUGGGUUGUUAUGCCAUUCAUGGCGCAAGGUUCAUGUUUGCAUCUUAUGAAGACUGCAUAUUCAGACGGAUUUGAAGAGUCGGCUAUAUGUUGUGUUCUUAAAGAAACUCUUAAAGCUCUUGAUUAUCUUCAUAAGCAAGGCCAUAUACAUCGGGAUGUUAAGGCUGGAAACAUACUUCUUGAUGACAAUGGUGAGAUUAAGCUUGGCGAUUUUGGCGUCUCUGCUUGCUUGUUUGACAACGGUGAUAGGCAACGUGCAAGAAACACAUUUGUUGGUACUCCUUGCUGGAUGGCCCCGGAAGUCUUGCAGCCGGGAAAUGGAUAUAAUUCCAAGGCUGAUAUCUGGUCAUUUGGUAUAACAGCGCUUGAAUUGGCCCAUGGUCAUGCACCUUUCUCAAAAUAUCCCCCCAUGAAGGUGCUUCUAAUGACUAUUCAAAACGCACCUCCUGGUCUUGAUUAUGAUCGUGAUAAGAAAUUUUCUAAGUCCUUUAAAGAAAUGGUUGCAAUGUGUUUGGUGAAAGAUCAAACAAAAAGGCCAACUGCUGAAAAACUGCUCAAGCACUCCUGUUUCAAACACACAAGGCCUCCAGAGCUUUCUGUGAAAAAGUUAUUUUCCGAUUUACCACCCCUUUGGACACGUGUAAAAUCUCUUCAGGAUAAGGAUGCUCAACAGCUGGCAUUAAAGAGAAUGGCCACUGCUGACGAGGAAGCUAAAUCACAGAGCGAAUACCAAAGAGGAGUGAGCGCUUGGAAUUUUGACGUCAGAGACUUGAAAACACAAGCAUCUUUGCUAAUUGAUGAUGAUGAUCUAGAAGAGAGUAAGGAAGAUGAAGAAAUAUUAUGUGCACAGUUUAACAAGGUGAAUGACAGAGUGCAAGUAUUUGAUAGUCUGCAACUAUAUGAAACCAUGAACGGAAAAGAAAAGGUUUCCAAUACUGAGGUGGAAGAACCAACCUGCGAAGAGAAAUUCACUUUCAUUACAACUGCUUCUUCUUUAGAACGAAUGUCACCAAAUUCAAAGCAUGGCAUUCCCGAGGCCAAGGUUAAGCCAGUAAGACGCCAAAGCCUGAGUGGACCACUUACAAGCAAGACCGUAUUAAGCCACUCGGCUUCAGAAAAAGGGCAUAUCUUUGAAAGAUCCCAGAGUGAACAGCAGACAGCAUCAACAGUCCGAAGAGCACCCAGCUUUAGUGGUCCUUUGAAUCUUUCAACCCGUGCUUCUUCAAACAGUUUGUCAGCUCCCAUUAAAUACUCUGGAGGAUUCCGUGAUUCUCUGGAUGAUAAAUCAAAGGCUAAUCUGGUUCAGAAAGGACGAUUUUCAGUAACAUCAGGAAAUGUAGAUCUUGCGAAGGAUGUUCCAUUAAGUAUUGUCCCUCGUCGAUCUCCACAGGCGGCCCCUCUGAGAAAAUCUGCAAGUGUGGGUAACUGGAUACUUGAGCCCAAAAUGCCAACAGCUCAGCCUCAGACCAUCAAGGAGCAUAGUAGCCAUCCUACGUCUUCCUCACUUAUCGUGCCUCAACUUCAACAUCUAUUCCAGCAAAACUCAAUACAACAGGAUCUUAUUAUGAAUUUACUGAAUAGCAUACAACCCGCGGAGGCAACAGAAGGUUCUCAAUCUGGGAAGUUACCACCUUUGCCUCGCUCAGAUAGUAAUGGAAAUGUUGAACCUGUGGCUUCUGAGAGGGAGAGGUUACUUCUUAGCAGUAUAUCUGACCUCCGUGCUAGGCUGGAUGACUUAACGGAGGAACUGGAUAUAGAGAAAUCAAAAUACAGCCAACUGCAACAGAAAUUGAAAGCAUUUACAGGUCGCGAACAUGUGUAAGCAGAAGGGAAAGCGACACUGGAAACACUAAACUGCACAGAACCUG